AUGGUAUUUUAUACUUUCUGUUCUUCGAAGACAAUAAAACCUAAUGAAAUCGUGGAAUUACAAGGAAAAUUUGUUGUGGCUCCCACUCCAGUUCUGGUACCAGAGGAAGAAGGAACAGGGGAAUUUAACAUGAAAAACAUAGAGAAAACCGUAGUUAGUGCGCCAAUUGCUGCAACCAUUGAUAAUAGCCAAAUCACGCGACCCGCACAGGCGAAUUUAGAUCCAGCGUUUCUUACAAGCGAACCAACGAGGGUUAUACAAGUAGCAAGGGUGAGAACCAAUAGUGAGGUAACAACAGAGUUGAUUGUGCCAACACCAGUAGUUAACACCAAAUCAAUGUUUCAAACAACGUUGCCCGUACCUCCGCUGGAACUUAUUUUACCAGUUGGAACCGAUUGGAUUGGAGAGUUGAGGGAUGGAGGUCAAACAGUGGACGUGAAAGCCACCAUAGCACCUUUUCUACUUUUUCCUUCAACAGGUUACUUCAGGAAAUGUUAA